AUGGCUGCGAUGAUGUGGGGCAAGGAUUCGUCCCGAUGUCUACUCCUACUGGCCGCGGUGCUGAUGGUGGAGAGCUCACAGCUCGGCAGCUCGCGGGCCAAACUCAACUCCAUCAAGUCCUCUCUGGGCGGGGAGACGCCUGCCCAGGCCGCCAAUCGAUCAGCGGGCACAUACCAAGGACUGGCUUUCAGCGGCAGUAAGAAGGGCAAAAACCUGGGGCAGGUCUACCCCUGUAGCAGUGAUAAGGAGUGUGAAAUUGGGAGAUACUGCCACAGUCCCCACCAAGGAUCAUCGGCCUGCAUGGUGUGUCGAAGGAAAAAGAAGCGCUGCCAUAGAGACGGCAUGUGUUGUCCCGGUACCCGCUGCAAUAAUGGCAUCUGCAUCCCUGUCACUGAGAGCAUAUUAACCCCUCAUAUCCCAGCUCUGGAUGGCACUCGACACAGAGAUCGAAACCAUGGUCAUUACUCAAACCACGACUUGGGUUGGCAGAAUCUAGGAAGACCACACACUAAGAUGUCACAUGUAAAAGGGCACGAAGGAGACUCCUGCCUAAGAUCGUCAGACUGCAUUGAAGGGUUUUGCUGCGCUCGUCACUUCUGGACCAAAAUAUGCAAACCAGUGCUCCAUCAGGGGGAAGUCUGUACCAAACAGCGCAAGAAAGGUUCUCACGGGCUGGAAAUUUUCCAGCGGUGUGACUGCGCAAAGGGCCUGUCAUGUAAAGUAUGGAAAGAUGCCACCUACUCCUCCAAAGCCAGACUCCACGUGUGUCAGAAAAUAUGA